AUGGGACCUCAAAUGUCUGACAGAGAUAUCAUAGUUGAAAGCCAAUCUGGACAACUACAAAGGAUAAAUGAAUUAAAUGCAGCAUACUUAGGUUUGCAAUAUCCAUUAUUAUUUCCGUAUGGUGAAGACGGAUACCGAGAAGAUAUUCCUUUAAAUGAUAUUGAUGUUUCAGCCGGUGGAAGGAAAUGUGUUAGCACGCGUGAGUACUUAUCAUAUAAAAUUCAAGAAAGGAAGGAUGAAGUUCCUUCAAUUGUGUCAGCUAGAAUAUUAUUUCAACAAUUCUUGGUAGAUGGUUAUACAAUGAUGGAAUCUUCUCGAUUGAAGUUCAUUAGGCUUCAUCAAAAACAAUUGAGAGCACACUUUUAUAAUAGGUUACAAGAUGUUGUUUUACAUGGGGACAUAGAACCUUCUUCUCAAGGACAAAGAGUUAUACUCUCUUCUAGCUUUACGGGAGGUGCACGUUACAUGUUGCAAAAUUAUCAAGAUGCCAUGGCAAUUUGCAAAUGGGCGGGGUACCCUGAUUUGUUCAUCACAUUUACUUGCAACCCAAAAUGGCCUGAGAUUACUAGAUUUGUGGAGAGUAGGGGCUUAUCUCCAGAAGAUCGUCCCGACGUUUUAACAAGGGUUUUCAAAAUCAAGCUCGAUCGCAUGAUAAAGGAUAUACGCGACAAUAAGGUUUUUGGAGAAGUAAAAGCAGUGAUAUAUACAGUUGAAUUUCAAAAGCGGGGCUUGCCUCAUGCACACAUCUUGCUUUUUCUUGUGAAUAAAUACCCAACUGUCGGAGAUAUUGAUGGAAUAAUUUCAGCAGAAUUACCAGAUAAAAAAGUAGAUCCUUAUUAUUAUAAUGCUGUUACAAAUUUCAUGAUGCAUGGUCCUUGUGGUACUGCUAGAAAAUCUUCUCCUUGCAUGCAAAAUGGUAGAUGCACAAAGCACUUUCCAAAAAAAUUUGUGUCAUCAACCACAAUUGAUGAAGAUGGGUAUCCAAUUUAUAGAAGAAGGGAUGAUGGUAGAACUGCAAAUAGAGUAGGUAUUGCGUUGGAUAAUAGGUAUGUUGUACCACACAAUCGAUUUUUAUUAUUGAAGUAUGGUGCACACAUUAAUGUGGAGUGGUGUAAUCAAUCACGAUCCAUUAAGUACUUAUUUAAGUUUGUUAAUAAAGGUAAUGAUCGUGUCACAUCAGCUUUUUCUCAAAGUGUAAAUAAUGAAGACUCGGGGGUGGUUGAUGAAAUAAAUAUGUAUUGUGAUUGCCGAUACAUAUCACCUUGUGAAGCUGCUUGGAGAAGUUUUAAAUUCCCAAUACACCAUAGAGAACCAUCUGUAGAAAGACUAUCUUUUCACCUACCAAAUAAUCAGACGGUCAUAUUUUCGGAUGAUGAUCCAAUUGAUGCAGUUGUCAAUACACCAACCGUUAAGGAAUCUAUAUUUUUAAGAUGGUUUGAAGCUAAUAAGACUUUUGCUGAAGCAAGAGAAUUGACUUAUGUAGAAUUUUCUCUAAAGUUUGUGUGGAAACAAAACCUAAAAAGAUGGGAAAAAAGAAGAACUUCUGCAUUUUCUAUUGGGAGAAUAUUCUUUGUUCCACCUUCCUCUGGCGAGCAAUAUUACCUUAGAUUGUUGUUGAAUGUAGUUAAAGGUCCAAAAAGCUAUGAGGAUUUAAAAAAAAUCAACGGUUCUGAUCAUGAGACAUUUAGAGAUGCAUGUUAUGCUUUGGGUUUAUUAGAUGAUGAUGAUAAGGAAUACGUGGAUGCUAUCAUGGAAGCAAGUAAUUGGGGAAUGACAUCAUAUCUUAGGCAAAUAUUUGCUAUGCUACUUUUAUCAAAUUCAAUGUCACGUUCAGAAAGUGUUUGGCAAGCAACAUGGCAUUUACUAUCAGAAGAUAUCCUUUAUGAAGAAAGAAGAAUAUUGGAUAACCCGGAAGCUUACCUAACAGAUGAAGAAUUGAAAAAUCGUUGUUUGCAAAAGCUUGAAACUUUUUUGAAAGAAGCUCACCUAACAGAUGAAGAAUUGAAAAAUCGUUGUUUGCAAAAGCUUGAAACUUUUUUGAAAGGUUGUGGAAGAAGUUUUCUAAAUUUUCCAACAAUGCCAAGGCCUGUUUAUAAUACGGAAGAAGUUGAUAACAAUAAUAUAUUAAUACGGGAUGAAUUGCGUUAUAAUAAACGCGCUUUGGCAGAGGAACAUCAACAAUUAGUAAAGAAUUUGACAGAUGAGCAAAAGUCAGUUUAUGAAAAAAUAAUAAGAGAUGUGAAUGAAGACAAAGGUGAGUUUUUCUUUUUAUAUGGUUUUGGAGGAACGGACAAGACUUUUAUUUGGAGAACUCUAUCUUCUGCCAUAAUAUCUAGAGGAGAUAUUGUCUUAACUGUUGCAUCUAGCGAGAUUGCAUCUUUGUUGUUACCAGGUGGUCGAAAAGCUCAUUCAAGAUUUGUGAUUCCUCUAAAUGUAACUGAAGAUUCAACAUGUAAUAUAAAGCAAGGUACUCCUUUAGCAAAUUUAAUUAUUAAGGCAAAGUUGAUUAUCUGGGAUGAGGCACCCAUGAUGCAUAGAUAUUGUUUUGAAGCUCUUGAUAAAACUUUAAGAGAUAUUCUUAGGUUUAAAGAUGCAUCCAAUUUACACCGACCAUUUGGAGGUAAAACAAUUGUUCUUGGUGGUGACUUCAGACAAAUAUUACCUGUUAUUCCAAAAGGUAGUAGGCAAGAUAUUGUUAAUGCUUCUCUCAAUUCUUCUUAUUUGUGGCCUCACUGUCAACUGUUAAAGUUAACAAAGAACAUGAGAUUGCAAGGUAAUGAAAUAGGGACACAUCUAGAUGAGUUGAGAGUUUUUUCAGAUUGGAUUUUGGUAAUUGGCGAUGGUAUAGUUGGUACUUCUGUUGAUGGCAAUAAAAAAGUCCAAAUACCAGAUGAUCUUUUGAUAAAACAAUUCGUUGAUCCAACAUCUGCAAUUGUAGAAAGUACGUAUCCGAAUUUCAACAGUCGUUGCAAUGAUAUAGGAUACCUACAACAAAGAGCCAUUCUUACUCAAACUCUUGAUAUGGUGGAAUCAAUCAACGAAUAUAUGAUUUCCCUUAAUGAAAGUUCUGAGAAAUCAUAUUUGAGUUCCGAUACAAUCUGCAACUCUGAUAGUACUUAUUCAGCACUGGAACAUGUACACACUCCUGAAUUCUUAAAUACAAUUAAAUGUUCUGGAGUUCCAAAUCAUGCUCUUACGCUAAAGGUUGGUAUUCCACUAAUGUUAUUAAGAAAUAUUGGUCAGUCAGCAGGAUUAUGUAAUGGAACAAGGUUGAUCAUAACUAAACUUGGAAAUCAAGUUAUUGAAGCAAAGGUUUUAGCGGGACAGAUGGCUGGACAGAAAGUGUUUAUUCCAAGAAUGACAUUGACGCCAUCUGAUGCUAGAAUUCCAUUCAAGUUCCAGCGAAGACAAUUUUCAAUCAUUGUAUCUUUUGCCAUGACAAUCAACAAAAGCCAAAGACAGUCAUUGUCUCACGUGGGAUUAUUUUUAAAAAAACCAGUUUUUACACAUGGACAACUAUAUGUUGCUCUUUCUCGAGUGACGAGUAGAAAGGGAUUAAAAAUAUUGGUUUGUGAUGACGAUGGGAAUAUAACUACUGAAGCUACAAAUGUUGUAUUUAAAGAAGUUUUUCGAAAUUUAGUCUAA